GAAAGUGAACAGCUUCAUUGCCAACAUGCGCGCCGAUCUCCAUGCAACCUAUGACAAGUACUUCCAGCAUUUCGACGACGCAGAAACUGUUGCUUCAGACAACCCAGACCCAGCUUCCCUGUGCCGCAAAUAUUUGUUGUACGUCAACCAGCACACACAGAAAUACAGAAAAGAGCUUCAAGCGGUUUCACGCAAGUUGAUCUUCGCCUUGCAUGAAAAGGAAGGACCUGUGGAGUAUGAGCUGCAGUGGCUUUGCAAGCUUGUUGCAGCUUACCAAUUCCACAGAGUCAGUUCCAAUUUGCAAAGCGAUGCCUGCUCUGCCCACAUUGACGCGCUUGGGCCUGGCGAGGCCAUUUUGUGGUGUGAUUGGAAACAAAAUCUGAGCAUACCAAUGACACACGCGCAGACAGGUGACCAAUACUGGGCCACUGCAAGAGCAGAGGUCUCAUGUUUUGGAGCAGUGCUGUUCCUAGAGCAGGAAGCAGAAAGACCUCGGAAGAUCAACGUUCUCCUGCUAUCGGACAUAAUAGAGCAUACAGCGCUGGCGGCGUCACAGCAAUUGAGCAUUCUCGCCAAGGAGUUGCGCGAUGUCUCUUCGAUUACUUGUUGGUUUGAUGCGGGCCCUCAUUUUCGAACAUAUUCUUUGUUGGCCUGGUUUCAGGAAGAACUUGUGCGUGGAAAGAGCUUAAAGCUGUCUGUGAACUGGUUCGUCGAAAAGCAGGGAAAAGGUUUGGUGGACUCACUGUUCAGCAUGUGCAAUGCCUGGCUACAACGGGCACUAAAGCAUCCGAGCUGCAACAUCACUACCGUGAAGGAAACGGUGUCCACCUUGAAGAGUCAAGCUGCCAUCGAUCAGAAGAAUGAUCCUGGUGGCCCACGGUAUGUUGUUCGUGAGUGGGUGAGCAAGCAAAAGCCCACGCGUGAGUGGGUGGGAACAGCAGAUGCUUCCUUUCAGGUUACAAAGACGUACUCUGUUCGAGCAGAGUCCUUUGGAGGGACUUCGCAAUAUGUUCGCUGGCACAAUUGCUAUUUCUCUCACUCAGCAGCGCGACAGCCUACUGUUUUCAGUAUUGAAGCCAAUCAAGUGGCGAUCAAGAACAGAGAGUGGCGCAGAGGCUUCUUCGCAACGCCACGCUGGAAAAGAGAUGUCCCAGAGAGAGGCACUGGCAACGCAAUCCUAGAACGCCACAGAGUUUUGGAAACACAUUGGCCAGAGAAUGAAGAUUCAUUUACAAGCUUCGAGAAGAGGAUUGCUCGGUACCAAAAGAACUUGCAGCGAGCUCGGCAGCGAAAGCAUCGGCAAAGACAAGUCGUUCAAGAGAAACGAUUGAGUGCUGCUGGAGAAAGUUCCAGCAGCGACUCUAGCAGUGACAGCAACUCUUC